GGUCAGUUUUCAAGAAUCCGCCAUAUUCAAACUUCCGCAGUUGUGUGUUUUGUUAUCGAUCUUUUGUGCCUUUUGUAAUUAAUAUCUUACACUUCUUCCCUCCUGUCUGGACUAACUCAUUUUCAAAACGGAGUAUCCCGCAAAAUGGAACGAAUCGACGAAGUUAUUGGGAAGACUGAGGAAAACAAAAAGCCCAAGCUGCGCAGAGUUUCAUCGAGGACACCCGCCGCCAGUGUCCCUGGUGGUGGAUGUGGCUCUCCGGACACACUCAGCAGAGCUAACUGCAAGAAACCUCCACUGCAGAGGGGCAGCUCUUUCACUUUUAUUACACCAGGGACACCGUGGGAUUUCAGUCUGAAGCGAAAGCGCAAAGAUAAAGAUGAUGACACAGUCAGCCUGUCUGGCUUUGACCUGAAGGAACCAAGUAACAAGCGUGUGCGACCAUUGUCCAAAGUUUCAUCCUUGGUAAACUUGAUGUCUCCUACAAAGAAUGGAGCAGUGAGGCGCUUUGGCCAAACAAUCCAGUCAAUGUCAUUACGUGGUGACAAGUCGCCAGGAUUAUGCCUGAAAGCCAGCAGCAGAGCAGCAGGACCCACCCCCACUAAACGCAGAAACAGCACAUUGUGGUCAGAGAUGCUGGAUAUCCACCAGAAGAGCACAUUCUCUACCAAGGAGAUUAAGAGACAAGAGGCAAUUUAUGAGCUUUGCAGAGGUGAACAGGAUCUCGUCGAAGAUCUCCAACUUGCACGAAAGGCUUACCAUGAUCCAAUGUUAAAGCUCCGUAUCAUGACUGAGGAGGAACUAGCUCGCAUUUUUGGGGACCUGGACGCCUACAUCCCAAUGCAUGAAGACUUGUUGAAGAAACUGAAUGAAGGAACGAGCCCUGAUGGAACAAUAGGUCAGAUUGGGCAGGUGGUAAUAGACUGGUUGCCUGGUCUGAAUGCCUACAAGGAAUACUGCAGCAAUCAGCUUGCUGCCAAAGCACUAUUAGACCAGAAAAAGCAGGACAGGAGAGUACAGGAUUUUCUGCAGCGCUGCCUGGAAUCACCAUUCAGCAGGAAGUUGGACCUUUGGAGCUUUCUCGACAUCCCACGUUCACGUUUGGUGAAAUACCCGCUGCUGCUCCGAGAGAUCCUCAGACACACUCCAUCCGAUCAUCCAGAUGUAGCCAUUCUGGAGCGAGCUAUUCUAACAGUCCAGGACAUUCUGUGUGAUAUCAACAUGAGGAAAGGAGAGUCAGAGUGCCGGUAUUAUGUAGACAAGCUGGAGUACCUGGAUGAUAAACAACGGGACCCUCUCUUAGAUAACUGUAAGAGCCUUCUGUGUCACGGCGAGCUGAGGAACAAGAGCAGCUCGAGGCUGCAUGUGUUCCUCUUUUCUGAGCUGUUGGUUUUGACCCGGCCAGUGACACGUAAUGACAGGAGCUGCUUCCAGGUGUUUCGACAGCCCAUUCCAGUUCGGGACUUGGUGCUAGAGGACCUGCAAGAUGGAGAGAUCCGCAUGGGAGGUUCCUUUAGAGGGGCUUUUACCAGUGGGGAUAAAGCUAAAAAUGUAUUUCGUGUGAGUUCUGUGGAUCCAGCCCAUGGCCAGUCCCACACCCUGUAUGUAAAUGAUGUCUACCAUAAGCAACAGUGGCUCAACUGUCUACGCAGUGCAAUGGCUCAACAGCAGCAGGAUACACAGGGAAUCCAGGGAGAAGCUGACAAAGCCAAGCACUGCUCAUCUACUACGUUGGCCACAAUCUGCGAUGGAGAGACCGACGAGAACUGUCCACCUGUCUCAGGUUCAAAACGCAGGCGUCAGGCCCUCUCCAUAUCCAGACAGGAGAAGAAGUUGUACGGGUCUGUGGGGAGGAAGGAGACUGUAGUGUAGGCGGGCUUUUACACUACAUUGUCUCCUUCUGGUCACAUUUGUUUGUAAAUCAAUUUUAUGUAACUGCUGUUUUACUGGUUUUGCUUUGUUGUAGCUGCACUGAAAACAUCCAUCCAAUCACUUCCAUCCAGGCUUAGCAUAUAGCAAAUUAUAGUGUUGGCUCAUGUCAGUUUAAGAAAACUGCCAGUGACUGAAUCAUGUUUGUAACAAGUGGACGUGUGUGGAACCUGUCCACAAAAAUGUUGUUCCUGAGAUUUUGAUGUAUUAUUAAUUAGGAAUUCUCAACUUUUUUUUUAAUCAAAGCUCCAGUUCUCCAGUAUUAUUUGUGCCAAAAUAAUGGUGAAAAAAAGAAAAUGACUGCUUACGUUGUCUCUAUAGGAAGCGGUUUCAUGAAAUGACCAGUAAACAUCCUGUGAGAUUUAGACAUGAGGUAAUGAGGACACUCACUGAUGAGACCAAAAUCAUGUGGAUGGAAGGCACUUCUCUGGGGAAAAAAAUGUUUGAUAUAUUCUGUGAAAAGAUUUUAACUGGAAUGUUUUUAUUAUUCUACAGUUAAAAUUCUAAGUGAUAUUGUUUGUUAUGGGCUGCAAAAUGGCACAUAAUAUAGACCAACAUUCUGUCAACAAUUUUACAGGUCAUGCUAUUUCUACAAUGUUUGAGCCGUUUUAAAUAUUUGCUAUGAAAACACUUGAGGGAAAACUUCUGUUUACUUUCAUUUUUUACUGAGGGAAUAUAUUUUAAAUUUUCUAACUGUACUUAAGUUUUCAUUUGUGAUGUCUUUUAAAUCAUUAAAAAUGUAUUAAAGCUUCUUCACAAUGAUCUUGUUUUUAAAUGUGGAAGGAGCAUGUUUGAAUCCCAUUUCAGUGCUUGUGCAUUUUGUAGACUGUGGCCUGGGCAUCUGUGAUUUGAAAUACUGUGCAAAACA